AUGAACUCCGUACUGCGAACGACGUGGAUACUGGUGCUUACGCUAUUUAUAAACGCAAGCUGUCAAGAUGGAUUCAACGAUCAAAAUAUCCUAAGAGUGCAACAGGCUACCAACGAAGGUCAAAUUGAAACUAACACAGUGUACAACCUACAUACUGAUGCGAACAGCCAAAUUUCAUCACUGAGCGCUAGAUAUCAAAUGCCUGAUGACGCUAAUAGUUUUGAAUUCAACAGAGAACGUGGAAAAAACAGGAAGGUCUACAGAAUAAAAAACCCCUUCCAAAACCAACAAGAUGAAUCUCAAAUGGAUAGUAACAGUUCUCAAGACAGCGAUACCUCAGCUAGCAACCAGUAUGCGGGCGUGCAGUACUCUCUGCCUCCUGAAGAGUUUCUUCAACAAAUGAGGGCAGAGAACCAAUACCAUCAGCAACCGCUAUCGACACAGGCUUCAGUAUACUCUUAUACAGCCACUCCGCAACCGCAAUAUUUGUAUUCAACGAUGACAGCUACAAAUUACGAUAAUCAACAAAAUCAAAAUGCACAAGAACCAAAAUCAUUGAAUUAUUAUAAUCCUAAUACCAAUACAUAUCAGUAUAACAACGCGAAUAUUUAUAACCAUGCUGACACACCAGCAAGCACACCCGCGCCGACAUAUGUAUCAACAGCGAACAAUCAAUAUAUUGGAACGCCAGCAAAUAAUUAUGUUUCGAGUUCGUCCCCUAUGUACAUAACAAACCCGCCCAAUUUACAACCAUCUUAUGUCUCAUCUCCAUAUUCAAACGCUCAAACCGGUACUGUCGAUUAUAGUGGAAGAAAUACUGGCAACGCCCAGAACUACGACAAUAAUAUUUACAAUAAGAAGAUACAGGUUGAUCACUAUGGUAAUUCUGGGAACGCAAUUAGAUAUCAGGUGAAUGUACAAAACCAGUAUCAAAACUAUCCCUCAUCAACUGCCGCUCCGGUUUCGUCUCCUUACUCCGAAGACUCCAGAGAAAAUUGGCAAAACAAUGGUGCAAAUUAUAAUAAUGGAUUCGCUGUACAAAAGCCACUGCAAGAUCUGACUCCACAGUACUCAACUAACCCACAUUACCGACAAAGCAAUAGUCAAGAAGAUUAUAAACAAGAUUCGAUUUAUGAUAGCGUGAAUCAAGAUUCACAACGAUAUAAUAGCGUAAGUUCUAAUAAUAAUAAUGUCUACUAUAAUUAUAUACAGCCGCAUAGUCAAGUAAAUAAUGCAAAAACUCAUACAAGGGAAACUGAUCAACAAAUGGGACAGUCGGCGGCUUAUUCGCACGGUGAUUAUGGCUGGAAACUUGACAGAAAGCCUAUGUUCGGAUCUGAAAUAACGACUGCUGGUUAUUCCGGGUAUCAGGCAAAUAAUGCAAAGUCCGACAAUGAAGCGAUGAGUCAAGUCAGCUUUCACAUGGAUACAAGUAGACCAUACAAUUAUAAUCAGAUUUCUAAAUCCAGCUCGGAAAAAUUGGAAGCGGAUGAAUUUGUAAGAGCCGCUACAAAAGCGCAUGAAAAUUACAAACAGCAGUUAGAAGCCAAUCGUAUUUCAAUCGGUCAGUACAACAACAACGCGUUUGCUAACCCUGAACCUAUCAAUCCUUAUUAUUCCACAAAUGAUAAAAUCAGGAACAAGUACGAAAAUGUGAACACAAAUAAUUACUUGGCCAGCAAUUCCCAGAUAGAUUACGCUUCCGCAUCUCCUUACUUCGCAAGAGAAAAUUUUAUUGAGAGCAAACCAAAACCGCAGUUCGAUCAUGAUAAAGCGAUAAAGAAUGUUGUCCCGUUAGAUAUGUCUAAUGUCGCUCAGAAUUCUAAUGUACAACUUAAAUCGAGUAUUGGGUUUGACGGGAAUGAGAAAUAUAGUAUGGUUUCUCAUAACAAAGAUCAAGUUGAACAAAACUUGAAACAGUAUAGUCGUCCUACAAGUGAGACGUAUUACAAGGACAAAAAUAAUGUUUAUGCCUUUAGCGUGAAGUCACAACCAGAAGAAUAUGUAUCACUUGCGGAUCGGUUAAAACAAUUAGAAUUAUUAGGGCAACAAGGAAAAUCUACGGAAACAACCCUAAGUUUCGGUUUCUCAGGCAAUAAACGAUACACAGAUGAUUCCCCACAGUCAAACAAUUAUUUAGCCCAUAGUCCCCUUAGCCAAGAUUCCCAACAAGGUAAUAUACAGCAAAAUAUGUUACAGAGAAAUCCGUCUGCGUCUGAUAUCGUUCAUUUGCUAAAAUUAAAUGAUAUGCCAUUACGUCUGACACAACAUUUAAACCCUGAGGCAUUAAGGAUUCCAUCAAAUAAUUACGAACAAGUUAAUAUACCAAAUCCUCUUCCCGUGAGACUCAAUCAGAACUUAGAACAACAUCACGUGGAUGUGACGAGUGAAAUUUUAAAUAAACUGCUCAGUAAUAAACAAAAUUCUAACAAACAAGAGCUUGAUAUACAAAACAGUAAUGUAGUCUCAAACAUCCAUGGAUUCAAAGUUGCUAAUCCGUUCAACAUGGAUCUUAAAUUAGUCGCCGAUAUGCUUAAAGGAAAACCAGUCAUUGAUGAAAGUCAAUUCGGUUCAAUUCAAAAUCAGUAUAAUAAACCAUUACCGAUUAAGCUCGAUUUACCGCAAAUACAACAACUGCUGAAGAACGAAAACAUAGGAAACGGUUUGGGUAGCUAUGCAAGUUUCCCAAGUUCGUAUUUUGACAUUUACAGUAAUGGCCGCUAUCCCUACCAAGGCGUUAAACAUUCCCGCAGCGAAGAAGAAGCAGAGAAUAUACCUAUAGCGGAAUCAUCUAACUCUCACCCCAUAGGUGCCGUAGUAGAUGAGAUCUUGGGACACGAAAACACGGAUAUUACAGAAGACGACACCGACACUAUUCACAUUGAUGAAGAUCGACCACUCAAAAUGUAUAAUCCAAAUCACAGAACAAUGCGAGAAAGGUACAGGCACCUUUUAGGUCGCCAUUUAUAUCAAAAGAAAUACCCAAACACAUUAGCAGACCAGCCCCACCCAGUUUUAAAACCACCAUAUAGAUCUCGCGGUAAGGGACCACAUCAUUUAGACAAAAGUAACAAAAGGCGUCGUAUUAAUAAGCCAAAACCAAGAUUCUUCAAGACAGAACCACUGUUCGAAGCUAAUGCGGAAAUUGACGAUUCUAAACCUGCUGUUUCGACGUUGCUUAAGCCACCUCCCGUUAUGGAAGAUAAAGUGGAUGUUGUCGAUCAGGAAGAGUUAGUGGAAGAUUCCGCGUAA